CGCGGCGGCCUCGUGCAGGGAGCCACUCUCAACGGCAACGGCUGCGCGCACAGGCGCAGCGGCCGCACCAUCAAACCAGCCGGGAAGCGUGGGAGACCUGACCUCAGAGAGAGAGAGAGAGAGAGAGAGGGAGCGAGAGGACAAGUCCAAGAAGUGAGAGAAAGACGAAGCCUUGGAGGAGACACAGAAAUGCAUGUUUUUGGCUUGGAUUUGUGACCAGAGGCAAAGAUACCGUGUGAGGCUUUGAUUUUAUUUGGUUUGGUAGUGUAGUGAGGUAGGGAAAUACAGUAGGAAAUUCCUCAAACGAAAAUGCAGGAGGAGGAAGGGGAAGAGGCUAAGUGCUCUGGCGCCUUCCUCCAUGGCUGCAUAGAGUCCAAGAAGUGAGAGAAAGACGAAGCCUAGGAGGAGACACAGUUAGGUGAAGGAUUUGGUGAGGAAUCUCAUCAUGCAGACAUCAAAAACAAGGAAUGGGCCUUCAGAUGCCCCGCAGAGGACUUCCCCAAGGACACCACGGUCAUCUCGUGUGGCCAAAACUGGAGGAAAUGAAACCGAUUCUACAGGAGUUACCCCGACAAGAACACCUACAGAGAGGAGCCCUAAGGUCACUGAGCGUCGAUCACCACGAAGCCCAAUUACUGAGAAGAAGCGCCCAAGUAGGCUAGCUGAAUUAGAGUCUAAGGUCAGCCAGCUGCAAGAUGAACUGAAGAAGGCCAAGGAGCAGCUUAGCUCAUCAGAGGCACGAAGGCGCCACGCGCAGCAGGAAGCUGAGGAAGCAAAAAAGCAGGAGCAGGCUGCAAUGUCAAAGGUGGAGAACUUGCAGCGCCAGCUUGACGAGUACUUAGCUGCAGAGGAAUCCCGUCUCCAGGAACUGCGAAAAAUCUCACAGGAGCGUGACCGUGCCUGGGAGUCUGAGCUUGAAGCUGUGCAGAAGCAGCAGACAGUAGAUGCCACUGCACUCAGCUCAGCCAUGUCUGAGAUUCAGAGGCUGAAGCAGCAGCUGGAAGCCACAUCACAGUCUGAUGCAGCCCGUGUGAAGCAAUGCGAGUUUGCAGAAUCUGAGAUUGAGGGCUUAAGGCAGGAGAUGGAGAUCCGCCUAGCGACCAUCGAGGGCCUGAAGGUCAAUGCCAGUGGGAGCGACAAGGCUGCAGCAGAGGCUAAUGCCAUGGCAACUGAGACUAAGCAGCAGCUGGAGACAGCAAAAGCCACCAUUGACUCACUCUUAGCUGAGGGUGUCCGUAUGCAAGAAUGCCUGAGGUCAAAGGACAUGGAGCUCAACGAGUCUAAGGCUAGCAUAGCAUCGCUCGAGGAAGCUCUGAAGAAGGCCCAGGCUUCAGGUCAUGAAUCUCAAAAGAUGGCACAGGGCAUGGUUAAUAUGGAUGCCAGCUUUGGCAAUCCUGAGGCUGAGGCUCUGAAGAAGGUGCUGAGCAGCAGUGAUGCCAAUGGAGGUUGUGAAAGUUCUGAGCAAGAGAUUGAACACUUGCACACUGCGCUUGAGGUGGCUGAGAUAAGGUACCAGGAGGAGCAAACUCGGAUGACCAUCGAGACGAAGACCGCAUACGAAUUGCUGGAGAACGUGAAGGCUGAGUAUGCACGCAAAGUUUGUGAGCUCGAGCUUGAGCUGAAGAACAAGAAUGAUGAACUAAUGGAAGCGAAGGCAGCCUGUGCAGGCAUAGUGCAGCAGGACCUUCAGAAGCCAGAUGCCAUGAGUGCCAUGCAGCUGGAGCUGGAGGCCAAGCUGAUGAAGUCAAUCACUGACAUCACAGAGCUCAAGGCGAGCCUGAUGGACAAAGAGAACGCGCUGCAGAGCAUGGCGGAGGAGAAUGAGACCCUCAAGGCGGAGGUGGGCAAGACCGAGGCUGAGCUGCAGCGCAAGUACGAGGCGGCGGUGGCUGAGCUGGAGCUGGCCAAGGCCGCCGAGCAGGACGUCCGGAUGCGGCUUGGGUUGGUCACCGAGGAGGCCGACAAGAGCAGCUGGCGCGCGGCCCGGGCCUCCGAGCAGCUGGACGCCGCGCAGGCGAGCAGCGCUGAGAUGGAGGCCGAGCUGCGCCGGCUGCGCGUGCAGUCCGAUCAGUGGCGCAAGGCCGCCGAGGCAGCCACGGCCGUGCUCUCUGGCGGCGGCGGCACGCACAACAACAACGGGAGGACGGUGGAGCGGACAGGGUCGCUGGACCCGGAGUACAACUCCAUCGGCGGGAAGCUGAUGAGCUCGCCGUUCUCGGACGAUCUGGACGCGGAGUCGCCGAAGCGGCGCAACAGCGGCGGCGUGCUGAGGAGGAUGAGCGGGCUCUGGAAGAAGAGCCCCAAGUGAGAUCAAUCAACCAGACAACC